UGGCUAUCUUACGCUAGUUAGUUAGGGAUGUUGAUUUUCGAGUGGAAACUAGGAAACAAUUUUGAAGUUUUAGCUUAUCCAGACGACUGAUGACUACGAUUAAGCGAAUGAUUAAAAGGUCAUUUAAGGAUAAAUAUGAUGCGUAAAAGACUAAGACCGGAGGCGCUAACGACAUCAUAUUUAAGCACAAUUGGAAGAGAGAAAACGACGGCUUCAAUUACGCAUUCGCAGUUCCAUGUAGAUCUCUGGUUCUGUUUCACUGUGCAAAACUGGAUACUGGACUUUGGAAGGCCCAUUGUAAUGAUUAUACUGCCCCUGGAUUGGUUCCCUCUGAACAAACCAAGUGCUGGAGAUUACUUUCACAUGGCCUACAACAUCAUCACGCCAUUUCUGCUUCUCAAGCUGAUUGAGCGAAGCCCCACCACACUGCCACGAUCAGCAGUAUAUUUGAGCAUCAUCACAUUUGUCAUGGGGACCAGCAUCCACCUGGUGGGAGACUCUGUCAACCACCGCCUCAUCCUCAGUGGCUAUCAGAACCACCUGUCCGUCCGAGAGAACCCCAUCAUAAAAGACCUAAAGCCCACCUCCCUGAUCGACUCCUUCGAGCUCUUGUAUUACUAUGAUGAGCACUUGGGUCAUUCCAUGUGGUAUAUCCCAUUCUUCCUCAUCUUUUUCCUCUAUUUUACUGGCUGCUUCACUCAAGCUAAAGAGGAAAUGAUGCCAUGGUCAGGCUGGCUACUCCUGGGCCCCAGUGCUCUCUAUUAUUGGUACCUGGUGACAGAGGGCCAGAUCUUUGUUCUGUAUCUCUUCACGUUCUUCGCCAUGGCUGCCACGGUGAUGCGUCAGAAACGCCUGGGCUACACGCUGGACAGUAAUGGACGUUUCCUUCUCUAUAACUUCAUCAUAACCCUGGGCUUGGUGGUCGUUUGGGUGGCCUAUCUGUGGAACGACAGUGUUCUACGCAAAAAAUACCCCAGUAUUAUCUAUGUACCAGAACCUUGGUCCUACUACACGUUACAUAUCAAAAGUAGCUAGGCCACCUGUGACAAGUUAACACUGAGAACUGUCAAAUACAGAUAUUUGUGCUGUCAUUGCAAUCAAAGGUGCUCUUUUUCAUAUGGUGAAAAGGAGCCCAUCAAGAUAUGGGGUAUUAGCAUUACUUUGGCAAAGAAAAUGAAUGCAAUAAAGCCACUCUGCGGUAAAUGAAAAGGUCAUUGUAGAGAGAGGAGCUGUAAUAAUAACAAGCUUGUUGGUUGUACUGGCAUGAGAAAUGCAAGAAUGCCUUACAUAAGACCUGAGAGAACGGCACCGUACGGUUGUGAAGUAUACCAUUCAGAACAUGUCUCUACUUUCAUCACGCAACAGUAUUUUGUUUAUUUUAAAAAAAAUGUAUUUAUUGAGAUAGAUGGUUCCACUUAUUUCUCUUUAUAAGUGCUUUUCAAGACCACUGGAGUAUUGUUCCAAAAAAAGGUGCAAGUUAUCAUUAGACGGCGUAGUUUUGGGGGAGGGGAGGGACAAUUCCUGCUCACACUACUCAUGUAAGUUGGGUAGUGUGUCAGCAGUAUCCUUGCCCACACAAAAAAAAAAGACGAAAUAAAACAAGCGCCACUGUUGUUAGGUUUUAGUUAUUACUUUAAAAAAUAAUAGUCAUCAAAGCCGGACCACAUCGUGUUAAUGUGUCAAUUCUAAAUGGUACAUUCUAUACUUGUGUUUGUGGUGAGUUGUCUUUCUAAAGGAACUAGUUUACAGAACUGAAUAUCCGGUAUUAUCCUAUGGUAUCACAGACGUGAUCUUUUUGUCAUAAUACACAUUGACUAUUCUGUUAGUUUUUGCAAACUUGUGUACAGUUUGAACAUGUGAACUGUAUUGCUGUACUGUAUUUGAACAUGCUGUUCAUAAUUGUAAAACAUUCAUGACUGAUUGCUGAUCUGGAAUCAGUAAAUGUCUUUUUUUUUUUUUUUUUACUAGAUCAUUGCCUGUUAAAUGUUUUAUCAAUCCGGGCUAAUAGGUACACUGAAUGUUCACAUUUAGCUCCAAUUUAGUUAACAUAUAUGUGGGUAUAUUCCAAGCUUUAUUGCAUAGUUUUCCAGAUUUAACCUAGAUUAAGCCUCAUCUUAGGCUAAAAAAGUUUUUAUUCGAACAAUUUAAAUUGGUCAGCUAGGUUGUGACUGGAAAACCAGUCAUAAAUACAUGUUUUGUAUCAACAUUUCCAUCAGUGCAAAAUAUUUGUAUCUCUCAGAUCAUAAAACCUGUAUCUUCAUACUGAUUGGUAAACUGCAUCAUUGCAUCACCUGAGCAUA